AUAAUUUAAUGCAAAAAGCUAGCAUUUUUAAUAGGAAUUUCAAAUUGCUCUUCAAUAAAAACAAGUAUUAAAAUUUGACUGGUAUUUUGUAAAUGGAUAUUUUAAGCUUAAUAAGGUCAUAAUUAAACUCAUCUUGGUUGGGUGUCUCCCGUAGAUUACAGAUUUGGAAGAAUCAUGUUGUAUCUAACUUGUACAAUAGGAUUUUAUUGUGCCUAUUAAGACCCAGGAGUUUUACAUGAAACAGUAUAAUUCAUAUAUAAUUAUAGUUUGGUCAUUUUAAAUAACCACCCAGAUAUGUGUUGGUAAUAUAUCUGAAUUAAUUACAUAGGGAUUUGGAAAAGGACUUGAAACAGAUGAAAAGAAUUUGAAUUAAUAAAUAUUGGACAGACAUCAUGCAGAAGAAUAAUUAGAGCAUUUCAAACAUAACCUUACCUAAUACGAUGGCAAAUGAUAUAAUACAUAAAUAUAAAAACAU